GAAAGCCAUCGCUGUGUCGUUGCACGGCGACGAGGGGACCAGCAAACGAUCCAAGAAUGUGCUCGUGAUUUCAAUCUCCCCGCUGGGGUGCCAUCGCGAGGCCCAGUUCCAGAAAUACCCCUUCGUGGUUGUGCGAUCAGAUAGGUUCGCCUUCGACGGCAAGAAGAACUUGACGUUGUCGUGCUUGCAGAAGGCACUCGUGGACUCCAUGCUUCUUUUGUCUUCAAAGGACGAUCCUGAGUUACAUGGAUGGUCUUUGCACUUGACCGUGUCCAAAGGAGAUUGGAAACACAAACGGGAGUGGUUGAUGCAGACACGGCAUUAUGCCAAUCUGGCUGGGCCGAACGGCCAGCUUGGUCAGAUAUGCCCCAGAUGCUUCGCCGACAGCAGCAGAGACCGCCCGUGGGCCGACAUUUCUGAGCGCUUUAACAACCAGCAGGAUCUUGACGAUGCUGCAAGCAGCAGCUCUUCG